AUGAGGACUCUCCAGUACGCCGAAGCGUAUGAGAUCGUUCACCGAUACGACAAGGCGGCCGGUCAAGAUCAUGAAGACUUCCCCACCAUGCAGCGAAUACUCCGUCAGAUGCGAGAGAAUCCGCUCAUGAGCAGAUUCGAAUGGUGCACUCUCGUCAAAGACUUGUGCGACGAACGACUCCUCGAUGAUUUCGUCAAAACGAUCGACGGAAUUACGCAGGGAUCAGAUGAGGGUAGCCAGGACAUGCGCAAUUCUCUGGAUCCAGAGGAAUGCGUGCAACAGGAGGUCAACCAGGACAGAAGUCGACCUCAGCGAGAAAUGCAGAAUGCUGCAAAAUACCACAAGAUGAAGAAAUUCUUCAAAAAUGAUGAGGAGAGAGAGCGCUACAGUAUCCUUGCUCAAGGCUCUGGCGCUGGAAAGGACGCGAACAACUUCUCCGGAAACAGCGGGCAAAAACGCAAGUCUGGCAGCUUCAAAAGGGGCGGAAAGAAACACAAGAAGGAAGGAGAGAGUUCCCAGCGUUCUGAUCAGAACAAAGGGAACCAGAAACGGCCAUGGAAAAGCAACAAGAAGGGAAGAGAAGGCUUUCGCCCGGUAGCUGACCAGAACAAAUAA